ACAAUUUCUUCUCUCAAUUCUCUACUUCCACUUUCUCUCUCUAAAAAACUUUCCGAGCGAUGUCGAGGCGGCCCGGCAAGGAAGUGGCGGCACAGGCGGCGGGUGGACAGCGGUUUUCCGGCGAGAAGGCAUCGUAUUUUCGUUCUGGGGCUGGGAAGAGUAUGGACAUUAUGAGAAGUACGAUGAACUCAAUGGAGAGCUCGGGGCCCAGACACGUUAGAUCCCGUGGUAUUUCGGCCUCGGCUCGUAGAGAACGGGUGCACUAUUCUGAGGAUGAUGAAGAUGAUGAUGGUGAUGAGGAGGAGGAGGAGGAGGAUGCAGAUGAGGAUGUGGACGAUCAGAGUGGACCAUAUGAUGAUUACGGUCCAUUCAGUCAGAGGCUUGAUGAUGUGUAUGAGACGCGUAGGGUAGACGUGCGUAAGGGUAGAGAUGGUAGAUCCAAGGCUCGGUCGUACUCUGCCUCCGUGGUAGCUUGCAGGAUCUUCCGCCACUUACCAUUUACCAAUCUCUCUGCUGAAUCUAAGUUCUUGUUGAAAAGGUUGUAGGCUUUGACUUUCACGCAUUUGUUGAUGUGCCAUGUGCACAGUAAAUGGCUCGACUCCGGAAACAGCUCCGCUAUAGGGGCAAAGAGACCUCCCUCACAAUCGCUGACGAUGGCCGAUGGCUGAACACUUGGGCCGAUGUAAUUUCUCAACUUCUCCAACACCCAACGGUAACUCGCAACCGUCUCAUCCUUCAUAACUGCAUAACCAAUCAAAAAGUUCUGGUUCGUUGGAGUCAUCCCAACCAUCUCAAC